AUGAAUUCCAAUUUGCUCAUAUACUUAUAAUUACUUUUUGUUAUCCCUAGUAAUUAUUAAUAUCCAAUUAAAUUUGCAGCAUUGCUCAUAAGAUAUAUAGAGCAAUUGUCAGAGCAAUAUUUUAACUUAAUUAAAGAGCUUAACUUUAUGAAUAAGGAAAAUAUUAAUUUAAUCGAUAAUAUAUGUAAAGAAGUGCAAUAAAAUAAAAAAAUAUUCUUUUUAGAAUUAUUUUAAAUAAAAUAAGAGUUAAUUAAAAUGGUUCUAGGGCAAGUGUUUUCUUUUUUUUCUCAGCAGGUAAUGUUUAUUUGGCUUUUGGUGUUUAUUACACCCCUUUUUGUAUUUUUGGCUAGUGUAAUGGCAAAAGGUCUACAAAUUCUUUAUCAAAUGUCAAUAAAUAGAUAAUCAUUAAUUUAUAAGUACUUGGGAGAUGUAAGUUGGUUGUUCCCAUUUAAACAAAAUGAAUAAGAAUUUAAACUAGUACACAUUGUAUUAUUGGCAGUGCUAAUUGGUUUAGUUUCAUUAAUUAUUCUUGGAGGAGUAAUGUUAUAAAAUUAGACGGAAAAACAGAGAAUAAUUGAAAAAAAGGAAAGGAAAGAAGAAAAAACUAAAAAAAAAGUGGUUAGCGAAUGA